AUCUCUUAACUCACUUAUAAUUAUAUAUAAACCCCUCUCCCAUGUUUUCCAAACACUUCUCCUUUCUCACUUUCCUAAAACCAAAAAAAAAACAUCAAAUGGCCUUAGUAAGAGAACGUAGACAAUUAAACCUCCGCCUCCCACUUCCAGAUAAAUCCCUUCGACGCCCUUCAUUCCCUUUACCACUCCCUCCUUCUCACUCCACCACCACUAACUCCGUCGCAUCCACCACCGCAUCUUUCUCUCUCUCCGACUUCACCAAACUCGCUGUCCUCGGAAGUGGUAAUGGUGGAACUGUCUACAAAGUAUCCCACAAACAAAACAACACCAUUUACGCACUUAAACUCAUUUCUUCUGAUCCUAACCCUACUCUUAUCCGACAAAUCUCUCGUGAGAAAGAAAUCCUCCGACGUAUGAUCUCAUCAGACUCUCCUUACAUCAUUCGAUGUCAUCGUAUAUUCGAUAAACCUGAUGGUGAUCUCGCUAUACUUAUGGAGUAUAUGGAUCGUGGUACACUUGAUAAUACUCUUAAAAAUCAAGGAACUUUCUCUGAACCUUUGUUAUCUAACGUAGCUUUUCAAAUCCUUAAUGGAUUGAAAUACCUUCAUGCUCAUAAAAUUGUGCAUCGUGAUAUUAAACCUUCUAAUCUUUUAGUUAACUCUAAUUGGGAAGUGAAGAUUUCUGAUUUUGGUGUUGGAAGGAUUAUGGGGAGAACACUUGACCCGUGUAAUUCUUACGUGGGUACGUGUGCGUACAUGAGUCCCGAGAGGUUUGAUCCCGAUACUUAUGGUGGGAAUUAUAAUGGAUAUGCUGGUGAUAUUUGGAGUUUGGGACUUACUUUAAUGGAAUUGUAUUUGGGUUAUUUCCCUUUUUUGUUACCUGGAGAAAGACCCGAUUGGGCUACUUUGAUGUGUGCUAUUUGUUUUGGGGACCCGCCCACUUUGCCAGAGGGUCGUGGGUCGGAUGAUUUUCGGAACUUUGUUAGUUGUUGUCUUCAGAAAGAAGCCACCAAACGAUGGUCUGCUGCUCAAUUGUUAUCUCAUCCUUUCAUUACUAAGACAAGAUAGUACUACUCUUAAUACUAUUUUUUUUUUUUAUUAUUAAUAGAUAGAUUAAUCUAUUAUUAAGUGCUCCCAAAGUUGUUUAUUUUCUUUACUUUUCAUUUUGGGUGGGCCUGGUCGGGCCGGGCUGGUGGGUCACUUUCUUAGAGUAGGUGAUAGUGUAAUAUUAGAGUUGUACAUACUUAGCCCACUUGGAAGGUGGGAAAGUAGGUUCUCCUAUCUUUGUCAAAGAAAUACUUUUUGCUAAGUAUUAGCUAAUCUUUUUAUGCUGGCAAAUUCAAUUUCUUAGUUGAAUAUUAAUGAUAUAUUAUUUCUGUUUUUUAUUAA